AUGGCCGAUAAUAUAAAUAAUCAAGAAUGGGAUGUAGUAGAUAAUAAUCAUAAUUUUUGUCAACUUACGAAUUUAUCUGCAACCUUAAUUUUGCAAAAAGGUGCACAUGUCAUGUAUCUUGAUAAUGAUUUAUUUAAGCAUGGUCUUUAUAAUAGAUCUAUUGGAAUCAUCAUCGAAUUAAUCAAUGAAGACACAGUCAAUGCCAUAUUUCUAGCACCACUAAGAAUUAUAACUGUAUCCAUAAAAAGAAUAACCAAACAUUUUCUUUUAAAUGGCUUACUAGCGAGUCGAUAUCAGUUUUCUCUCCAGAAUGCCUUUGCUCUUAUUGUAUAUAAAAUACAAGGAUUAACAAUAUCUAAUAAUUCAGUUACUAUAGAUGAGCAGAUGUUUGUAUAUGGGCAGGUGUAUGUUGCAUUUAGUCGAGCCCCUUCUUGGAAUUCACUAAAUAUUACUUCAUUCGAUCCAACUUAUAUAAGAACUGACCCAGAAGUUAUCACUGAAUAUGAGCAAUUAACUUCAUUAUAUAAUGCUG